AUGACGUUGCGAGAAAUAGUACUUGGUAGGUCGAGGUACCGAAUUCAAACUCUGGCUGCAAUGCGCUUAUUCGUGUUAAAGAAGUGA